UAUGAUAGGAAAUGUAAACAAGAGAAGCCGACAAUUUUUUUUAAAAAUAGUUUAUUUCACGAAAAAAUGAGAUGCAGAGCAUGUAAUAAUGAGCAAAGAUGUGGAAUUACAACACUUAAUUAAAGUGAAAGUGAUUACAGUUGAUGGAAAGGAAGUUCAGGUUACAGUGCCAGUUGUGGGAGAAAAUGAGAUGUCUGUGACUGACAUUCACACCAAAGUCUGUCUCUCUUUGGGUUUACAGAAGACGAGUUUGAUUUGGUUUUCCUUAUUUUGUGGAAAGAACGCACCUAUCAAAAGAUUAAAACCAGAGUCCCGCAUAUCGUCAACAACAACUGAACUUUGCCUCAGAAAAUGGUGCUUUAAUAAAGAGAUAGAAACUCAGCUGAUUAAAGAUGACCCAGUUGCAUGUCAUUUGGUGUACUUAGAAGCAAAAUCGGCAAUUUCUAGUGGAGAAAUGACAGUAAGCCAGGAACAGCUGGAAAAAUUAGAAGAGUAUGAAGAUCCCGGUUUUACAUUAAAAGAAAAAUAUGUCCUUCUUGCUCACACUUUGGAAGACUACUUUUCUGUUUUAAUUAGAGAUUGUAAGAUAACAGAUAACGAAAAGAACGGAAAUUCUCCUCAGGUCUUCAAUAAAGGUGCCAUUAGAGUUUCACUGGAUGGUAUAAGAAUACACAAAGAUAAAUGCCAAGCAGUGCUGGAAUGGAAACGUCUGAAAAAAUGGUUAAUCCAUAAUAAACUGUCCAGAAUUAUUCUACUAUAUUUAAAUCCAAAUGAAGAACUGGAAACUACUGUUAUAGAAACAUGUCAGUGUGAAUAUUUACUGGCAGCUAUCAAUCAGAUUGUUAGAGAAUUACAGGUGUCCAGUCCGAAUGAUUCCUUCUUUUACUCGUCUAUGAUCUCAACAAACGAGGAUGGAUCAAUAUCUUACGAAAAUGCCCUGUUCAAAUGAAUGAUACUCAAAAGAACAUAAGCAUCAUUUUCCUCAGGAAUGCAAUAAGAAAUAGAAUGCAAUGUAAUGUAGAAUGUAUUUAAUGUGAUAUACAUGUAAUAUCACAAAACAGCCAUAUAAAAUUUCAAAAUUCUAAAUAUUUUUAGUACAUGCUCUUUGAGAAUGUCGAAAACCUAUAGCCAAUUAAAUGUUUAUAAGCAUU